AUGCUAGUUUUCAACAGUUCCUAUGUGGCCCCAGACUCUUUCAUCCUGAAUGGCAUUCCUGGCCUGGAAGCUGCCCAUCUAUGGAUCUCUCUCCCUCUCUGUGCUAUGUAUGCCAUAUCUCUGGUGGGUAACCUCGGUCUUGUGUAUCUCAUCCAGUAUGAAGAGUCCCUUCACAAGCCGAUGUACUUCUUCCUGGCAAUGCUCUCCCUCACCGACCUCCUCACCUGUACCACUACCCUCCCCAACGCCCUGAGUAUCUUCUGGUUUAAUUUAAAGGAGAUCAAGUUUGAUGCCUGCCUAGCCCAAAUGUUCUUUGUUCAUGGGUUCACAGGGGUGGAGUCUGGGGUACUCAUGCUCAUGGCGCUGGACCGCUACGUGGCUAUCUGCUACCCCCUGCGCUAUGCCACUAUCCUCACCAACCCCAUCAUCGCCAAGGCUGGGCUGGCUACCUUCCUGCGGGGGAUGAUGCUUAUGAUCCCCUUCCCCUUCUUGGUCAAGCGUCUUCCCUUUUGCCAAAGCAACAUCAUUUCCCACACCUACUGUGACCAUAUGUCGGUGGUGAAGCUAUCCUGUGCCAGCAUUAAGGUGAAUGUCAUCUAUGGUCUAAUGGUUGCCCUCCUGAUUGGUGUGUUUGAUAUAUGUUGUAUCUCUGUGUCCUAUACCAUGAUCCUCCGGGCGGUGGUGAGCCUGGCAUCUACGGAGGCAAGGCAGAAAGCCUUCAGUACCUGUACAGCCCAUAUCUGUGCCAUCAUCAUUACAUAUGUUCCAGCCUUUUUCACCUUCUUCACCCACCGCUUUGGGGGUCGUACUAUUCCUCCAUCUCUCCACAUAAUUGUGGCUAAUCUCUAUUUGCUCUUACCCCCAACCUUGAACCCCAUUGUUUAUGGGGUGAAGACCAAACAGAUCCGAGAAAGCGUCAUCAGGUUCUUCCAUUGUGAGGAGAGGUGA